AAAACCCUAUUGCUGGGUUUCGAUUCCUUUAGCUAGUGAGUGCUGGGCAGUUGUGGCACCUGCACUAACCGAAGUCGGUCCCCUAAAAUUAAAAGUAAACUAUCAAAUGAUGAUUAAUUAACAAAAUAAUUAUUUUCAACUUCUUUAAAUACUUGCACCACCAUCCACUUGAGGAGUAUCUGAGGUAGAAGAAAUUAAAGUCCCAGCAGCUGAUCUUAAUUUUUCUGUGGCAAUCACUAACUUCAAUGGAUUCAAACAAAUCCAACAUGUCUAACAAGAUCAAAGAUAAUGUCGGGCUUCAACAGAUCCUCAAGAAGUGGAAAAAGCUUGCAAAUGCUACAAAAAACAGCUCUAAUUCUAUUUCUUCUGCUACUUCCAGCAGUAGUAGUAGCAGUACCACUAGCAAUGGCAGUAAGAGCAUCAAAUUCCUGAAGAGAACACUCCCCUUCUCAGAUGUUUCGGGGGCUUCCAAUGAUGUCGUGCCAAAAGGCUUUCUUGCCGUUUGUGUAGGGAAGGAGCUGAAGAGAUUCAUCAUCCCAACACAGUACUUGGGCCACCAAGCAUUUGGGAUGUUACUGCGAGAAGCCGAAGAAGAAUUUGGCUUUCAGCAAGAAGGAGUGCUCAAGAUUCCCUGCCAAGUGUCUGUGUUCGAGAAAAUCUUGAAGGUGGUUGAAGAGAAAAGAGAGGCACUUUACCUGCAUGAACAGCUUGGUUUCGAUGCAGACAAGGAAAAGAUUGGGUGCUACUCACCGGAUCAUUGUGAGCUUACACCUUCUCAGCAUCCUCAAAUGUGUAGAUGAUUUACUGAUCUUGAUUUUUCAUCAUGAUCACCAGAUCUUUUUCUUUUUCCUCAAUGUUGUGUGAAUGCAAUAUAAUGAGGAGAUGAGAGAACUGAGAUCAGGGAGGGGAAGAUCUCAGAGAUAAUAAGAUAGAUUUCUUUUUCAUGUCCAAGUUUUGGUGUAUCUGCCAUUUUUUGGUGCAGAGGACAUCAAAUUUUCGUUCAUCGUUAUGAUUCUCUAUCCAUUCCAGUUUUAAGGGUGGAAGAUAAUAUUGAGCAUACCACUUCUAUGAUAUUCUCUAUUUUGAGUCAUGAUAAAAAGUAGA